CCAUAGCUGUCAAUUGUUUCCGCGUUCUUUCUUUCUUUCUUUUCUUCCUAUUUCCCAUUUCUUCUUCUUCUUCUUCGUCUUCUCUUUCCUACUACUACAGUUGUAAACAAUAAUCAAUCAGAUCUGCAUUUUCUAUUCACAUCUUGUUUUCAACCACAUUCCCAUUUCUUGUACACAAUCGAAUCUUCCCCUUAAUUACCUCUUCACAUCAUAUAAAUCAAACCCAUUAAUUAUCUGCAUUUUGGGUCAUCAUAUAAAGUUGAAAUCUUUGGGGGAAAUUUAAGGGAGGGUUUUGGAGUGAAGAAGAUGGGAUCAAGGGUGGAGAGGGGUCCACGUCGUCAUCCUGAUUUUGUGUCUUUAGCCAUGUUAAUGAGUAGAGAAUUGAGAAGUGAGAAGAUGGAGAAACCAUGUGUGAAAUAUGGGUGCUCUGCUCAAUCAAGAAAAGGUGAAGAUUAUUUCUUGAUGAAGACUGGUUGCCACAGGGAUUCUUCCACAAGUUUUUCUGUUUUUGGGAUUUUUGAUGGUCACAACGGCGAUGCUGCAGCGAUAUACUCACGCGAUAAUCUUUUAAACCAUGUUUUGGAUGCAAUACCUCAUGGUCUUAACUGUGAUGAGUGGCUUCAAGCUUUACCUAGAGCUUUGGUGGCUGGUUUUGUAAAGACCGAUAAGCAGUUCCAAAGCAAAGGACUAACAUCUGGAACAACUGCAACCUUUGUGAUUGUUGAUAAAUGGACCGUGACGGUUGCUUCGGUUGGAGACUCUCGUUGCAUUCUUGAUACACCAGACGGAGUUGUAUCCGUGUUGACCGUUGACCAUAGGCUUGAGGAAAACACCGAAGAAAGAGAACGUGUGACGGCUAGUGGAGGAGAAGUGGGGAGACUCAAUGUUGUCGGUGGCCCUGAGAUUGGACCGCUUCGUUGUUGGCCUGGUGGGUUAUGUCUUUCGAGAUCUAUCGGUGAUAUGGACGUUGGCGAAUUUAUUGUUCCGAUACCAUACGUGAAGCAAGUGAAGCUUUCAAAUGGUGGUGGAAGGCUUAUAAUCGCUUCCGAUGGCAUUUGGGACGCUUUGUCGUCUGAGACUGCCGCUAAAUCUUGUCGCGGUUUGCCUGCAGAACUUGCUGCUAGGCAAGUAGUCAAGGAAGCAUUAAGAACAAGGGGACUGAAAGAUGAUACAACCUGCAUAGUUGUGGAUAUAGUCCCGCCCGAUAAUUCAUUGCCGCCACCCCCGAAACAGCAGAGCAAGCUCCGGUCGUUGUUGUUCAGAACCAAGUUCCACGGUGGUUGCGCUAGUAAACUGUCCAAAAAACUGUCAGCUGUAUGUAUUGUUGAGGAACUCUUUGAAGAAGGUUCAGCAAUGCUUGCAGAAAGAUUGGGGAACACUGAGACGUGUGGUUCAUCUACAUCCGGACUGUUCACAUGUGCGGUGUGUCAAGUUGACCUAGCCGCAAGCGAAGGUAUCUCGGUUAAUGCUGGUUCCAUCUUCUCCACGAGCUCAAAACCGUGGCAAGGUCCUUUUCUCUGUGUCGGUUGUCGCGAAAAAAAAGAUGCAAUGGAAGGAAAACGACCUAGUGGAAUUAAAGUAGUUUAACUGUUCAUCAAUUAUUAGUAACGAUUUUGAAUAUGAAAAUUCUUUUGUUUUUUCAUUGAUCCGUACAACUGCAUGAAUAGCCAUGUAACUACAGUGUAUUUUGUUUGUUUUUUCAUAUGAUAAAACUAUAAAAGUAUAUAAUUCCUUAUGUAAGUAAAAACAUAAUGUUCGAUAGGUUU